CUUCACUUGCAACCCACCAAGUUAGUGUAGAAUCUGUAAUUGAAGGUUCUGAUUUUGAUAUGAACCAAUUGCUGGUAUAUAGUCCAGAUUCAUUUAUUGCAGGACAGUUGGGUAGAAAUGUUUCGGCCUGGGAAUAUGUGUUGGAGAGAAGUGGAGUGAAUGAAGAUACGAUAUUGAGGGUGAGAAAGUGGCUUACAGAGGGAGUGGAUGUGACAGAGUUUUUUACUCGUUUUAAAGGGAAUUUUCGUGGAAAGUCAUUUGAUUCUGAGUUGCCCCCAAGUGCUGUAUUCCCUAACUCUGCUUUAUGUAAAAAGUAUCAUGCUUUUAUUUGUGAUUUUUUGUAUGAAAAGAUAAGGUCAGGUGCUAUAAGAGUGCUCGGUAAAGUCGGUGAGUGUGAGAUGCCCCAUAUUGUGAUGCCAUUGACAACUGAACCAAGUAAACCAAGACUAUGUCAUGAUGACAGAUUUUUGAACCUCUGGGUGAAGGAUCUUCCGUUUCAGCUGGAGACUCUGAGAGAUGUUCAUAGGCUUGUAGGGUGUAAUGCAUUUCUGAUAACGACAGAUGAAAAAUCUGGAUACGAUCAUGUUAGGUUGUCCAAUGAUUCUCAGGGAUACUUUCGGCUUAUUUUUGGUGGUUAUGUUAUGGUGUAUACGGUACCUGUAAUUCCUUUUGGGUUCAAGGCAUCGCCUUUUAUAUACCAGACCAUUGGGAUGGUUGUUACGUCAUACCUUCGGAGUCGGUCUAUAAGUACUGUACAAUAUAUUGAUGAUAGGUUGGCUAUCGCGAAUGUCUCUGGUGCUGUGGACCCAUAUGUAGAAGGUUGUAAGGUCGCAUACAUAUUAGUAGAAGUGUUGACAAGGUUGGGUUACACUUUGGCCUUGGGGAAAUGCUCGUUUGUUCCAUUGACAUGCGUCAAGUUUCUGGGUUUUUUGGUUGAUUCCAAAAAACAAGCUUAUAUUUUGCCAGAGUGUAAGAAGUUGAAAUUUGCUGAUUUGAGAGAAAGUAUUCUUGGUUCAAAAGAACUUGCUGUGAAAACUCUUCAGCGAUUUGCUGGUAAAUGUAUAUCAAUGGGCCUUGCAGUUCCUGGUUGUAGGCUGUUUUGUAGGGAGGUUAACUUGGCAAUUUCUAGAGCUGUGUUUGACUGAUGAGCUGAGGAAGGAAUUAGAACAUUAGCGUUUUCUAGAUUCUUGGGAAGGUUGUUGUCAGUGGAGAAGUGAGUGUCAUCAGCAGGUUAUGUUGUCUUCAGAUGCAUCCUUGUACAAGUACGCGGCAGUGGUAAAGCAGGGUAGGAAUAGGUAUGAGAUAAGUGAUUUUUGGGAAGAGAAUGAUCAAAGACCUAUUCAUUUAAAGGAGGCGGAUGCUGUUUAUAAGGUGUUAUUGGCUCUUGGAGAGAACUUAGCUAAUUCUAGAGUACAUGUACUCACAGAUAACAUGGCUGUACUUAGUGUCUGGCAGAACCAGGGGGGAAAGAACUGGGCGUUGAACUGUAUUACAAAAUGUAUUUUUUCUUUGACUUUGAAGUUGAAUUUUGAGUUAAAUUUACAGUUUGUUCCUUCGAAGUGAUUCUAAUUCAAUGAAGGCCAAGGGGAGUGGGGUAUUGCGUCAUUUUACACCAUGUUCAAUGCCAUUCACUGCAGAGGUUGAUGUGUUCGCACAAAAUAUUCGAAAGGAGUUGAACCCCUAUGUAUUUCCUCCAUUUGGUAUGGUUUUUCCAGUUUUAUCAUUUUUGAAGGAACAAGAAAUUCCUGUAUGUACAUGCAUUCUUCCAUAUAGACAACCAGUGCCUGUAUGGCAGCCUCUCGUUGAGGAGUGUAAGAUAUCUAGUGUGGUGUUAGGCUGGCAGGGGGAAAAGGGGGUUAUUCAGGUACCUACGAAGAAAGGAUAUGUUCUUGAUAAUAAGGGGCUGAAAUGGGCAUUGAUUGCUUACAGGUCGACAUUUUCAGGGAAUAAACCUGUUUAAUCUUUUUCAGGAAGGGAGUGUCGAUG